AAUAUUUUGAUUUUUUCUUAAUUCCAGUCAGUAUUGUUCAACACCUCUUUCAUGCUGAUACUAUGUUCGUGUUCUGAAAAUUCACACACCUUUUAUUGUGUUGUCGAUGCUCUGACAGUGCUGCAUUCGAUGCAUUUAUUAAACCCUGAACAUCAUUUGAGCAAGGAAGAUUUGGUUUCACUUUAAUGGACCGGCUGAGAAUGCGUACUCCACCAAUUGGUUUCAGAGGCUUCUUCUUGCCUCAUUGCUCAAUACCCACUUUUUUGAUUCACUUCCCUGAUAAGCGUUGUACGAGUCCAAGGCAGUUUCUACUCUAUAUGCAAUUGAAUUAUUCAUCUUGUGCUGCUCUGAGGGCUGUUGAGUCAAACCCCACGAGCGAUGUUGCCCUCAACGAUGUCCAGAACUUUUCGUAUCAGUUAGCUCAGGAGUGCAACAGAGUUCCCAGUAACAUACUGAAAGCAGGUACCAAGAGAAGAGCCCUGAGGUUGGAUAAAAGAGCGAAAGCGAAAUCUGAAAACGAAAGACUGAAAUGGUAUUCUGAAAUGCUGCAUAAUUGUUCUUUAAAAGGGUGUUUGACUGAGGGGAAAGCAGUUCAUGGGCAGAUUAUUAAAAAUGAGAUUAAUCCGGACUUGCAUCUGUGGGUUUCCUUGGUGAAUUUUUAUGCGAAAUGUGGGAGUUGCCAGGCUGCACGACACGUGUUUGAUGCAAUGCCUGAGCAUGACGUUGUGUCGUGGACUGCUUUAAUUGCUGGAUUUGUAGCAGAAGGACAUGGCAGUGAUGGUGUUCGCUUAUUUUGUGAGAUGCGGAAGGAGGGUAUUAAGCCAAAUGAGUUUACAUUUGCCAGUGGACUGAAAGCUUGCUGUAUGUGCCUGUCUUUAGAUUUUGGAAAACAGGUUCAUGCAGAAGUGAUUAAAGUUGGGGUCUUCUCAGAUUUAUUUGUAGGAUCUGCUCUUGUUGACAUUUAUGCAAAAUGCGGAGAGAUGGGACUUGCAAAUAGAGUAUUCUUCUGUUUGCCUGAGAAAAAUGCCGUGUCUUGGAAUGCAUUACUUAAUGGUUAUGCUCAAAUUGGUGACAGGAAAGGGGUUUUGAAUUUGUUCUGCAGAAUGACAGAGUUGGGGGUUAAGUUCAGCAAGUUUACUUUAUCCACUGUCCUCAAGGGUUGUGCAAAUUCGAAAAGUUUGAGAGAAGGCCGGAUAGUGCAUUCCUUGGCCAUCAGGAUUGGGUGUGACCUUGAUGAAUUUCUGAGUUGUUGUAUAGUUGAUCUGUAUUCCAAGUGUGGUCUGGCCGACGACGCAAUUAAGGUUUUUAGGAGGAUCAAAUAUCCUGACAUAGUGACUUGGAGUGCAAUGAUCACUUGCCUUCAUCAGCAUGGGCGGAGUGAAGAAGCACUUCAACUGUUUCACUUCAUGACGCGUGAGGGUUUGAGGCCUAAUCAACAUACACUUGCUAGUAUUGUCAGUGCUGCUACUGAUUUGGGUGAGCUGUGUUAUGGUGAAAGCAUUCAUGCUUGUAUUUGCAAGUGUGGUUUUGAAUCUGAUAAUUUGGUCAACAAUGCAUUGAUCACUAUGUAUAUGAAAAUUGGAUCUGUUCAGGAUGGUUGUCUUGUGUUUGAGGCAAUGCCAGAUCCUGAUUUAGUUUCAUGGAAUGCCCUUUUAUCUGGAUUUCAUGACAAUAAGACUUGUGAGAGAGGGCCGAGAAUCUUCAAUCAGAUGCUUCUGGAAGGUUUGAGGCCCAAUAUGUACACAUUUAUCAGCAUUCUCAGGUCCUGCUCCAGCCUCUUGAAUGUAAAUUUUGGGAAGCAGGUGCAUGCCCAUAUCAUUAAGAACAAUCUUGAUAGUAAUACCUUUGUGGGAACAGCUCUUGUUGACAUGUAUGCCAAAGGCUGGUGCUUGGAAGAUGCAAAUUUAAUUUUUGAUAGAUUGAAUGAGCGAGACAUCUUUACUUGGACAGUUAUCAUUGGUUGUUACGCACAAAUUGAUCAGGGGGAGAAAGCUGUUAAGUGUUUUACUCAGAUGCAACGAGAAGGUUUGAAUCCCAAUGAAUUCACUCUUUCAAGUUGUUUGAGUGGCUGUUCCAGUUUGGCUGCGCUGGAAAAUGGGCGCCAAUUGCAUUCUUUGGCAAUUAAGGCUGGGCAUUUAGGUGAUUUAUUUGUUGCUAGUGCACUUGUUGAUAUGUAUGCGAAAUGUGGGUGCAUAGGAGAUGCUGAGGCCGUUUUUGAGGGCUCUGUUCCAGGGGACACUGUCUUAUGGAACACAAUUUUAUGUGGAUUCUCACAGCAUGGAAUGGGUGUGAAGGCACUCGAAGCCUUUAGGAUUAUGUUGGAUGAAGGCGUUCUGCCUGAUAAAGUUACGUUCAUUGUUGUUCUUUCUGCAUGUAGCCAUAUGGGUUUGAUUGAAGAAGGAAAAAAGCAUUUUGAUGCAAUGAACAGAAUUUAUGGGAUUGCUCCCACAAUUGAGCACUAUGCCUGUAUGGUAGAUAUACUUGGUCGAGCAGGCAAACUCGAUGAGGUUGAAAGCUUUAUUAAGGACAUGAAGCUACCUCCAAAUGCCUUGAUCUGGCAAACAGUGCUUGGGGCUUGUAAACUGCAUGGAAAUGUGGAAUUUGGUCAGAGGGUUGCCCAUAAACUUUUUGAGCUUGAGCCUGAUAUGGACUCAAAUUAUAUUUUGAUGUCUAACAUUUUUGCAGCCAAGGGUAGGUGGGAUGAUGUUACAGAGGUUAGGGCUUUGAUGUCUAGUCGCGGUGUUAAAAAGGAACCUGGGUGCAGCUGGGUAGAGGUUAAUGCUCAAGUUCAUGUUUUCUUAUCUCAUGAUAGUUCACAUCCAAUGAUUGGGAAAAUCUAUUUAAAAUUGGAGGAACUGGGCCAGAAACUAAUUUCAGCAGGGUACAUUCCAAAUAUGGAACACGCACUUCAUAAUGUCCCUGAGCCAGAAAAAUUGGAAAACCUCAUGUAUCAUAGUGAAAGGCUUGCUCUCGCUUUUGCCCUUAUAAACACCAGCCCCAGGAAAACAAUUCGAAUUUUCAAGAAUCUCCGCAUUUGUGGAGACUGCCAUGAUGUUAUGAAGCUCAUAUCAGACAUAACAAAUCGGGAAAUAGUUGUUCGUGACAUAUCUCGUUUCCAUCACUUCAAGAAAGGCAUCUGCUCAUGUGAGGAUUAUUGGUAAUUUCUUGCUUCCAAGGCUUUAAAGGAAAAGAUAUGCAACUCUUAUGGAGCUUGGGCUCGUGAAGAUAACUUUUUGCAUUGAUCAUAUGCCUAUUAUGGAGGUAUCUACUUCUGGAAUUGUUAUUCCAUUGUGGCUGGAAGGAAUGUAUAGUACCUCGGUCUGGGUCUGCCAUAAGUGAGGUUAGAUAAAUAAAGAUGGAAAAUGCUUAUGUCUGCACAGAACUUGAUAUGCCUUUCAGCGUUGGUCAUUUUGUAGAAUAUUUGAACCAUUAAUAUGCUCUAGUCAUCCUUUAAGACUGUUGUGCGGAUUGCAAGUCUUGAGCAUAAGUUUUCACACUUGAAAUGAUAUGUAGUUCACUUCAGUAGGAGAAUGUGUCAGCUCAGAGAGUAUCAUCUGCAGCAACAAGUUGGACCAGCAAGUUCAAAAGAAGUAGGACCAGAUAUAUACCAAGAUCAGAUCUCUGGGAUUUUUGAGAUAUCAGAGAUGUAUGUGAUUUGAAGAAGGAUGAAGCAGAUUGGAUUCUAGAAAUUGAUAUGGUCAAACAAGGGGAUAAGUUGGAGGGGCUGUACGUUGCUCUCAGUUCUGGUGCAGAGCUUUUUCAUUCUGCCCAAUCUGAAGUAAUUCAGAUUGAUAGCUAGAGUUGCUGAGAUUUCCUCAUCUCCAUCUUCAAGACUCAGCAGUAUCAGAAGAUGAAUAUAGCUUGAGCCAUACCAAGGUGAAAGCAUUUAGGGAGCAAGUGCAAAUCAUUUGGAUCCUCAAUGAAGACUUGCUGUUGCUCUGGUGUCAACAAAUGGGAUUAAGGGAAAGGUAAACACGCUGUUUGUUGAAAUGCCUCAAAACUGUUUGUUAAAAUGCCUAGAUCAUCAAUUACAUAUAUGAUUCUUGAAGUAGGUGUACCAUGCCUUGGCACGUGUCUGGGUGCACGUGACAUUCAGGUGGGUCUUGGGGCAGAAGAUUUGGCUUCUCUCGGCUGUGAUUUGGGGCAUUUCUUUUGGAUGGAGGACAUAGAGAUUUUGGUCUUUGGGGAGGGAGAAGGGGUGGUUGCAUCCAUGGUUGGUUGGGUUAGCUGGGAUUUAAUGUGAGGGUAGGAAAGAUGGAGGGGUCAGGGGGCUGCACUUUGCUAUAGGCUAGAGGAAGGGGCGGGACGAUUCAGCGAUUGCUUCUGCUUCAACUUUGUUCUUCCUGAUUGUGUCUGCUGCGCUCUGGAAGGUCCCCUCUCCCUCUCUCAACUUCUCUCCUCUCCCUCUCUCUCGCACAUACCACUCCCAUAGCCUUCUCUAACAUAUUUUUAUAUUAAAUCUAUAGAAAUGGCUGCUGGCAGGGCAGGGGGCGAGUGGGGAGGUAGCAGCGAUUCAUGAAGGGGGAGGCACCUCUCAUUUUUGUCUCUCAAAUAUUCUCUCUCCCUCUCUCUGCUGCAUUUCCCACAGCUCUCAGCAACAUCAUUUUUUUUGUCCCCAAAUCUGUAAACUGUUCUGUAAACUGGAGGUUGACAAGGGUGGUGACUGGUGGUGAGGUUGCAGUGAUUAUGGAGGGAGCAUGGUACCCUUUUCUUGGAAAUAUUUAGCUUGCUUUCUUUCCACAUACUGUCUCUCGCCCAGUCUCUUUUUUCUCCUCCACCACUCUGUCGAAUUUUUCCCUCUUCUUUGUUUUUUAUUGUUUGGAUAAAAGAGAUGAAGGCCUCGAAGGUGGCACAUGUGCAGUGAGGGGCAACAGGAGGCGGGUGGAGACCAAGCAUCCUAAAUUCCUUUCCCAGGUUGCUUCAUUCUCUGUUGGUCAUCCUAGAAUUGUGGGGCCUACUCUUGCUGGUUGUUCUUGGGUUGGUGGCUAAAAUGCUGGCAAUGAAUGCAGUGUUUGGUAAAUUAACCAACUUUUCCUGAUGUGGAUGGCAGUCUCACUUCAAUUUCUGUAGCUUGCUCGAUUUUCUGCUACUUGUGGAUGCCCGUGAGUGCGUUUGUGGUCUUUGGAUUCUGGGAUUUUGGUUGCUCUGCGUUGCAUUGUCUUCGACAAGAACAAGGACCAAGUAAUUCCUUCUCAUCAUCAUGAGGUCGAAAUAGAUCCUUAUUAACAUCAAGUGAUCGCACCAUCAUUGGAGAUCCCAAAGGAUGAACUUUGUCCAUAUAGAAUUGUCUUAAUACAUUUUCGGUAUAUUUAGAUUGAUGAACAAGAAUUUCGCCAUUUACAUGUUCAAUCUGUAGGUCAAGACAAUAUUUUGUCUUUCUUAAAUCUUUCAUCUCAAAUUCCAUCAUUAAAUAAUUUGCAGCUUUAGUGAGCUCUUCAGGAGUCUAACUAAAUUCAAAUCAUCAACAUAAACAACAAUUAUGACAAAUUCGAAUUCUGAUUUUUAAUAAAAUGCAUGGACAAAUUGGAUCAUUUAUGAA